AUGAAAAAAUGCAUCUCGAAAAUCUAUUCAAAACGGUACACAAAACAGUACACUCAACACCACACGCAACUCUACACACAACGAUACACACAAUCCUUCGUACGACGCUUCACAAAAUUGAGAAGGAUAAUACUGUUUAUAACCUUUCUUUCUCUAUAUAAGCACUUCCUCCUCGGCUUAACAUGGACCACUAGCAUACAAAGAAGUGCAUCGUCAUCAAAUAAAUAUGUACCUCUUUUAAAUAUAUGUUAUAGAAAGAGAAGGAAAGCGUUCCCUCACAUUUCACAUGUAGGAGUAGUAUUUUUUAAAAAAAUAUUACCUAGACAAAAAAAUUAUUUUUGCCUAAACAACUACAAUGAAUGCAAUAACUGCAAUGAAUGCAAUAAACGUAGUGGUAGAAGAAGGAAAAAUAUACUUCACUUCAUAUCAUUGAAAAAUGUUGUAAAGGAAAAGAAAAGACAAACUAAAAAUGCAUUUUAUAAUAUAAGAAAAAAUAUAAAGAAAUAUGAGGCUUUCCCUUUGUACAGUCAAGAAAAAGAGGGUUCACAAAAUAAUAUCAAUAUAAAGCCGCUAAACCGUUUUAGUGAUGAAAAGGAAAGAACUGACGUGAGUAAAAGGAACGAAACGGGAGAAAAAAGCGAAACAGGAAGAAUCGAAAGUAACGAUGAUGAUGAUGAUGGUAGUAAUGCUGAUAAUGAGAAUGGCGAUAAUAAUGAGAAUGACCAUCAUAAUGAUAAUGAUAAUGAGAAUGGCGAUAAUAAUGAGAAUUACUAUGAUGACUCCGAAGGGACAAGUACAAGGCACUUCUUAACCGAAACAAAGUAUUACAAAAGAAGCAAAUAUUCGAAGGCUGGUUAUAUGAAGGAAAAAAAAAGUUACAACUAUACACCAGGGAAGGAAGAAAAUCAUUCUUUUGACGAUUUUAUAAAUAGCGAAACUAGAAAAUCGUAUACAGAAUCGAAAGAAGAAUUGAUAAGGUAUGAUAUAAAAAAGAGUUUAGAUGAAGCAACUGUUAGUCUUCCAGAUUUAUUAUACAGAAAUUAUUAUUCUGAUAGGAACAGAUCAAAUGAUUUAGAUUUAUUACACGAAAAAGACAAGAAGGGUAUACAAAUAAAAGGGAAUAUUGUAGAACCUAAUACUACAUGUCAAAUAAAGCAACAAGGAAAGGAUAAGAGAUCAGAAGGAAAUAGCAAAAUAUCAAUUAUGAGUGAAUAUACAGUUAUAGGAGAGAUAGUAGGGGUACAUGGACUCUUAGGGUGGUUAAAAGUAGUAAGUUUUACAACCUUUAAUGAUAUAAGAUUUAAAAAGAAUUGCUAUCGAUACCUUAUUAUUAAUAAUAAUCCAAAUCCAUUACCAAUUAAAAUAGUUGAUAUAAAAGAAUCGUUAAAAGUAGGUUUUCUUUAUAUUAAACUGGAAGAUAUUAAUUCCAGAACAGAUGGACUGAAAUUAAAAAAUUGUUUAAUAUGUGAUGAUAAAAGAAAUUUUCCGGAUAUUGAAGAAAAUCAAUACAUAUCUACAGAUUUACUAAAUUUUGACAUUUAUAUUUUUAAUGAUUUCACUAAUACAUGUAUUGGAAAAGUUUUUACCUUCUUAUCGAAGUAUGACUAUAUAUGUCGUAAAUCGAUGCAAGAAAUUUCAGAUGAUCUUAUAAAAAUCCAGCUCAACAAGAAUAUUCCUUUACAAAGGGUUUUUCAUAUCAUAAAUGCUUCAAAGGUGAAUGUCGCACCUGUCUCGGUCAGCAGUAUGGCUAGUAAUACGUCCAACAGUAUGUCUAGCACUAUGUCCAGCAGUAUGACCAACAACUCGACUGAUAUCCAUCCGACCAAGAACCUCAACCCCAUCAGAGUGUUGAUUAAUCGGAAAAAUUUUGAUCUUUACCAGCACGAAGACAGAAGCUGUGAUACAGAGAGUAACGACCCGAGUGAACGAAUAAAGGACGACAAAAAUUACUACGAUUCGUUAGACAACUUUGAUGGUUGCUCUUAUAAAAAAAUAUACAAAUGUGAAUUUUGCGAUGAUAUUUAUGAUAAUGUAUCGGAUGCGAGUAAGCACGAAAGUACUCACUUUCAAACGGAUGAAGAGAUGUUGUACAAUGCGUCCCAGUUGGGUAAUGACAAAGAGAAAAUUUACGAAGUCACACAGAAAGAUGCCAAAAGGGUUAAAAACGUUGACUACUUCUUCGUCCCAAUUGUAAAGGAAAGAACUAUAAGAUCUGUAAACUACGAGAUGAAGAAAAUUUACUUAAACAUAUCUACUGUUUUUCUAUUGGACAAACAAAAGUAG